AUGCGUUCUACGCCCCCAGCAGACCCCCCUUUCUGCUCUUUUGCUGCCCGUUUUUUUAAUGAACAUCCUCGAGCUACUGUCAUUUCUUCUGGCGUCUCUGUACGCCCGGCUGUCUGCCGUGCUGCGGCGGGGUUUUGCAAUGCAGGGCCUCGUGGAAGUGAUCAUAUCUGUGACGAUUGCUCUGGCAGCAUCCUUGCGCUCUUGGGCAUGCGGCAAGCCGUUUCCUCGCUGCAGCUUUCAGUAAAUCAAGCAAAGACCCGUUACGUUCAGCAGCAGUCGUUGGCUCCUAAUCCCAAAGGCAGCGCCACGAGCAGCAGCGACGAAUGGAUGCAGCCGGAGCCCCUUGUUUUCCCCGAGACACUUGCAGAUUUGCGUGGCCUCGACCUAUCUCAUUUGCUGCUGCUGCAGCAACAAGACGAGCUGCCGGUCUUUGAGGCAGUAACAUCGCUGGUUCUGCGGCAGUUACGGCUGUACAGCGCCCUCCUGCGACUGCUACCGACGCUUUGCUCUGCUGAAGCGCGCCAGGUUCACGAAUCGUCUCUCGAGGGGGAUGGCACGCAAGCAGCACUGCCAGCAACUCCGAGCAGAACGGAGAUGUCAAGCGGGCUGUUUGGCAGCCAGUGGCAUGCUGCAGCAGCAGCGGAGUCCGCGGCGAUGCAGCAGCUGCUGCUCACUAUGGCAGAACCCCUCAAUGCCAUUGUUGCGGCAGCAGCUGCAGCAGCAACUGCGGCAGAAGCGCUCACGGGCUGGCUGUGCGUUUUAAACGCCUUGGGAAAAGGCUUUGGUGUUGUUGGCGCCCAAGUGGCUGUACGCUUCAGCAGAGACGAUGCGCUCAUGCCUGCACCGCCUCCUCGUGUACAGAGCUCCUGUUUUAUCAGCAGCACGGGGUUGUUCAGUGUUGGUGCAGCAGCUGCUAGAAAACGCUUUUGCGGACUAGCUUGGCGUAUAUUUUAA